CCAUGGCAGGCGUAGAACGAGUAGCCAUAAAUGGCAUAUCUUUCGAGUCCCCGCAUUUGGACGUCACAGUCGCUAGUGACAAGGUUCAGAAGCCCACUGGCAGUAAAGAUGCUUCCAAAGGUCAUAACGGAGAUUCCUUGGCCAUGAAUAUAGGGCUCUUAAAAGAGAUCAAGACUCUUCGACAGCGGCUUUUGGAGUUGGAAAAGGAAGCUCGGCCAACGUUGGUUAGGAAGACUCUCGAGGCGGAAUGGGAACAUGCAAGGGAGGAACUGGGUUCAGAAGAAGAAAGAAAAGCAUGGAGAGAAGAGAAGCGACAACGGAAAAUAGGGCUUAUGGCGGCCAACCCAUUAUAUAUAGGAGGCAAGCAAGACUACAAAUAUGAGGAGACGUUAAAAUACAAUGUCAAGCUCUUUAAGCUGCGAAAGAGGUGGGAGCAGAAGAUCUUCAUGAUUAGCGACUCAGAGGAUAGUGAUCGAACAAGUUCGGACUCUGAAGAUGACAUCAGUGUCUAUCAUAGCCGAAAUGAAAUCUUAGAUCGAGCAUUUGAAAUCGAGAAGGAUAUUGUCGAUGAACAUUAUAGAGAGAGACGCCGCCGGAGUCUAAUGAAACAACGGAGAAAGGAGCAGGAGCAAGCUCGACUCGCGCAGAUGGAAAUAAAGCACGAUACGGAAGAGCCAGUAGAAAAUACGUCUUCAAAAACAGUAGAAAAGGCCGUCAAAGAAGCCACCAGCCUUGAUGCACGAUCAGAGCUGGUUCGGGUUCCGUGGGCCCAAUUCAGGGCUCUACGAGGCUUGGACGAGGGUCUUUUUGCUGCAAUCGAUGUUCUAGUCGGAGAGCCAGUUAUUGAAUUCAACUUAGAUGUCUGCCGGCCCUCGCUCCCGAUACAUACUCGACAGACUGAGACAACCCAAGCCCAUGAGAAGAAGUCUGCAUCCAAACUAGACAUUGCUCCUGGGGAGUCAUCAAUGCCGGAACGCUUACGUAUUAAUUCAAGACAUCUACUCAUGAUUUUUCAUAGUAUCCUGAUGCGUGAUGGAAGGAUGCUUAUUGGAAAUGCGCACCUUAUAUUUCUACGGCCAUUCAGAUUUUUGGCCUAUUAUAAUCAAGCUAUUCGAGAGCGUUACAAGAGUCUUCAAAAUGAGUUCGAGAAAAGUCUCGACAGAGAUUCUCCGACUAAUCACUCUGAAGAAUUCUCAAGUCCUCCUAAUACUAACAAAGAAGUAGAGGGGGCUCUUCAGGGGGGAACUGUCGACUCAGAGCUAUCGUUAAAAAGGGAAAUCAAAGAGGGAAAGGAUAAAAGAUUCAUGGAUUCGCCAGUCUCAUUCGAACAUAUGAAGCUCCUGGUAGAGUUCAUGGAUAGUGACAUACAGAUAAGAGUCGACCAUCUUGAAAGUGGCAGAUUCCAGAAAGUAUUUUUCUCGGAUCUCUGGUACCUCUUCCAGCCGGGUACUCUUGUCAUCAGGAAUAACAGUAAACAAGUAUACCGAAUCUUGAGUAUGCAUAGCGUUGGGCAUAGAGUCGUUGAUCCAUUUCGCAGAUGGCGUCAUAUGUCACAGGCAAAAGGGGAAGAAGCAUCGAUCACGAUUAAAUGUGUUCACUUUGACUUUGACGGCAAGCAGCUAGGGCCUGUUUCCAAAGUCUUCCGAAUCCAGAGGUUCGAACGUGAGAAAACAGUCACAUCUCUCGAGAUUUACCCCAUCCGAUUUCACCCAUUCCGGAAUGAUAGUCCUACUGACAACAGGGAGGAUGCCGAUAAUGAGUUUAAAAAAUAUAUCGUCAACCGAGGAAGAAAGUCCCUCAAGGUAGCGGCAGUACGCCUAGCAGCUAUCCAGCCCAUGUACUAUGCUGGCCCCGCCUUACAGACCCAGGACGAAAUUGAGAGCCAGGUAGUAGUGGACUUUGAGGCGGCUUUUGGGUCAGAGGAGCAUAUUUCCAAGGGUUGGAAGCCGGAGCUUGAGACAUUAAUUGGGUCAGAGAACAGAUAUGAAGAAACGAAUCAGCGGGAUAAAUGUGACGCGGGUUGCUGUGCUGGCGAGUAUAUCUACGAUGAUUCGUAUGUUGAGCACAUGAGAAACGAGGAGUUCAUAGGCCAUCUACUCCCUAAAACUCGCGAAGAAAUGCCCUCGGUAGCCAUAAUCCCCCGACCGCUUGACACAAGGGUGCCGGAUGCUGAACUUACCGAAGAUGAUUUAGCCAUUAUGUCCUACCGUGUAUUCGGCUUUGUGCUAAGGAAUCGGAAAUGGGCCCAGCUAGAUCUCACUUAUCUUAGUGACGUCCAGCCGUCUGGAACGAGAGAUGAGAGUGAUAAGGAGGCAAACGAAGGCCCCGAGCGGCCCCGAACAGUGUUUGACCAGCUCGUCUUGCCAGACGGACAUAAGGAUAUGAUAUUGUCAUUAGUCACUCAGCAUUUCCGUGACAAAGAAUCGAGUCAUGACGAUCAAGUAGAUAUAGUUCGUGGUAAAGGGAAAGGACUGAUAUUGCUGCUUCAUGGGGCUCCUGGUGUCGGAAAGACAACGACUGCUGAAAAAUUCAAGAAACCCCUUUUCCAGCUCACCUGUGGGGAUCUUGGGACAACAGCAAAGGACGUCGAAUCCGCAUUGGAAACGAACUUCGCACUUGCUAGCCGUUGGGGUUGUGUUCUACUUCUAGAUGAAGCGGAUGUAUUUCUCGCACAAAGGACAAAAGAGGACUUCCAGAGGAAUGGACUUGUAGCUGUAUUUUUGAGAGUCCUCGAAUAUUAUGCUGGCAUCCUUUUUCUCACUACGAACCGAGUUGGCGACUUCGACGAAGCAUUUGCGUCUCGCAUUCACAUCAGCUUAUACUACCCUGAAUUGGGCCGGAAGGAAACUUUGGAUGUCUUCAGGCUCAACCUGCAGCUCAUACGAGACCGCUUUAAAGGCAAUCCUCGCAAGUUCAGAUACUGGGACAAGAAUCCAUUCGACCAUUGGAAUGGGCGACAAAUUCGCAACGUAUGCCAGACGGCAUUGGCCCUAGCAGAAUACGAAGCCCAAGGCAAAAAUCACAUGCUUGUCCUAAACCCGAACGCAGAGGUCCAUCUUAAUGUGUCACAUCUCAAGACGGUCGCCGAUGCUUAUCUGGCAUUUUCUAAGCACCUCAAGGACAUUUAUGGAACUCACGCCGCGCGACGGGCAAAGGAGGCAGGCCUUCGGGCCAUGUGGGUCAACGAAAAAGGAGAACUUAUGGGAAGUGUUGGGCCGAAGGAGGCGAGUAUUCUGAAAGAGGAAAGAAAAUCGCGCUUCAAAUACAAGUCGCAAGGUAGGUACAACACCACCAGCUAUGAUCAACAACAAGUGGUUUCCUCCAGUGGUCAAGCUCCUUUGUAUCAUGGACAGCAGGGAUAUAAUGGCCCUCCUCCGCCCACACAACCCGGCCCAAUGAGACCUCCUGAGCACUUCAAUGAUGCUUCUAUGUCCUAUCAAUACAAUAGCCCGAACCCGCAACAACAACAACAACAACAACAACAACAACAACAACAACAACAAAUGCGACAUCAUCAAGGACACAAUUGGGAUGGUUACGGCACCGGGUAUGGCUAUGAUCAGCAGCAACCCGAAGCAGCUGGACGUAGAGCUUACUCACAGCAGCACCAUCUGGAACCGCCAAGGGGAAAUUUUUCGCAUCCGCAACAAACCAGCCAGCCGCCUCCACAUGGUCAUACACAAGAGUACAAUUAGUCUAGACCUAAAAACGGAAUUGAUAGAACUCAAUACUCAACGUACUAAAAUGAACUUGACGGCGAUGAAAUAAUUGAGGUAAAAAGGGGG